CGGCGUGGGAGGGGGAGGGGGUUGCGCUUUGGCCGGUCGGCUGGGGUCACGCGCCUUCGUGCGCGCACGAUGGGUUUGGAGACCCUGGGCCUGAGCCCGGAGCCGGAGUGCCGACUCCCAGCCGGGGGGCCCCGCCCGGCCCGCCGGUGUGGGGGGCGUGCUCCGCGAAGGGGAAACUGAGGCCGGAGAAAGUUGAGUACUUUCCCCAAAGUCACAAAGCUGAGUUUGGCCCAGACCCUAGGAUACCCACCAGCCCACUCUGUCCACCAUCCGGAAGAAUCCCUGUCCUUGACUUCCCAUUCGGUGCUCCUGGCUUCCCUCUAAGUGAACACAGAAAAAGCACCAGCUGUGUGCUAGGAGUACCCUGGUCAACCUGGGAAUAAGAGGAGCCCCUCCUCCUAUGAAUUCAAACUACCUACCUCGGGAGGCAUGCCAAGCUGUGCUCAUGAGAUAGGAUAAGAGCUAUGAAAUGAAGUGUCAGAGGGGAAAGGACAUUUGAGCUGGGUUUCAAAGGCACAGAGUCCCGGGAUCACGCUUGACCUUCCUCAGCCAACUAUGCAUGCCAGGGAACCCCCUGGCCUAUUGUCUCCAGCACUGCCUCUUGCCUCCUCUGUCCUCAUGCUGCUGAUGAGCAGCCUGUGGCUGGUGGGGGCCGGCCCCAGCCUGACCCUGGCCCCGGAGCUGCUGCUGGACCCCUGGCAGGUGCACCGGCUGCUGACCCAUGCCCUGGGCCACACGGCCCUGCCUGGCCUGCUCCUGAGCCUGCUGCUCCUGCUUGCCCUGGGCUGGCGGCAGGAGUGCCACCUGGGCACACUACGAUUCCUGCACGCCUCUGCCCUGCUCUCCCUAGCCACUGGGCUGCUGGCUGUGCUGCUGGCAGGCCUUGGGAUGUCCAGUGCAGCUGGUAGCUGUGGAUACAUGCCUGUCCACCUGGCCAUGCUGGCAGGGCAAGGUCACUGCCCUAGAUAUUCCCAGGGGCUGCUGCCACCGUGGUUGCUGCCAUGGCUGCUGCUUGCCCUGACCCCCCUGCUCAGCUCCGAGCCACCCUUCCUGCAGCUCCUUUGUGGCCUCCUUGCUGGCUUGGCCUAUGCUGCCAGAGCCUUAAGGUGGCUGGAGCCCUCGGAGCAGCGCCUACGGGUGAUGCAGGAGAGCAUCUUGUGCAGGACCCUGGCUAGGUGCUGGCCUUUGAGGCUCCUUCCCGCCCCAGGCGGCCUGGCUGAGCUGCCUGUCACCCUUCCUGCUGGAGCGAGGUCUGCCAUCCCUGGACCUCCUUACCAAGUCUCCCCUCCGCCCUGGUCCCAUGGCGAUGGCACAGCCCAGCUCCCGCCAGGCCCGGGACCUGUGCAGCUGACCUGGGAGGACCUGGAGGUGGGCCUGGAUUGGGCUGGGUCCCGCUUCCCCCCAGGGGCCCCGAUGUGGGCCGUCCUGGAUGAGCAGAUGCUGCAGGAGGGGAUUCAGGCCUCACUGCUUGGCAGGCCAGUUGAGGAGACCCAAAGCCCACUGUGGCUGCCCAAGUCCUCAGUGUCCUCUCUGCGGCUGCAGCAGUUGGAGCGCAUGGGCUUCCCCACAGAGCAGGCAGUGGUGGCACUGGCAGCCACAGGCCGUGUGGAGGGUGCUGUGUCACUGCUUGUUGAGGGGCAGGUGGACACUGCGCCCCUGGUGACCCAGGAGGAGGCGGCUGCCCACUGCAAGGGCCCUGGGCCUCCCUAACCCAGGCAGAGGGUGGGGGCACAGGCUUGGCCUAAAGGCAGGUAGCCUGAGUCCCUGCUCUGUCCACUGAGCCACCGUGGGAUACUGGGGCACCCCUGGGGGCAGGGGAGGCCCCAGCGCAUGCUGCCUGGAAGCUUUUUUAAGAAUAAAAGCCAAUUCAUUUUCCAA